AACGGCGAAUAUAUUCCAUUAACGCUCAGCUUGUAGCAUGUAGUGUCCGUCGAGCAGUGCCAUAGAAUAGGUCGAACUUCAUCGGUUGAAGAUCGACGCUGUCGCUGAUAGGCUCAGAACGUAAUGUAAACCAAAGCAGCGUACGAGUUAGAUCAGUUGCAGAGUUGUUAAUAAGUGUGGCUGUCGGAAUCUUUUUUUGUGGCACAUAAAUAAAAAGAAAAGAACAUGUUAUUGAAAAAAUUGUCUCCAUCAGCAUUGCAGGGAACCAGGAAUACACUGCAGAAAAGUCUCUCUAUCCAGGCUAGUGCUAGACCACAGGACACACCGGAACUGUCAAAAUCUGGCCAGGAACAACCGGCUUACGGUGAGCAUAGCUAUGAAAAGAUUGCCGAUUUACGGAAACGGUAUCUUACCCCCAAUGUGACAUCGUACUAUAAGAAGCCACUGCUCAUCCACAAGGGUAGCAUGCAGUGGCUGUUCGACCACGAAGGUCGCCGCUAUUUGGAUAUGUUCGCUGGCAUUGUGACCGUUUCCGUUGGACACUGCCAUCCGAAGAUUAAUGCUGCACUGGAAAAGCAGAUGAAAACCUUAUGGCACACAACUAACAUCUAUAUGCAUCCCAAAAUCCAUGAGUACGCCGAAAAGCUGGCAUCUAAGUUUCCAGGUGAUCUGAAAAACGUCUACUUUGUCAACUCAGGCUCGGAGGCAAACGAUCUGGCUAUGCUGAUUGCUCGCCUGUACACCGGGUACCAGGAAAUCAUCAGCUUUCGCAAUGCUUAUCAUGGAGCAUCGCCGUACACCAUGGGCCUAACGGCUCAUUCGACGUGGAGAUAUCCGCUUCCAGGGAUUAGCAAUGGGAUUUUACAUGCUAUGAAUCCAGAUCCGUACACCGGUAUCUGGGGUGGAAGUCACUGUCGGGAUUCACCGGUACAAACCACACGACAUUGUGAUUGUCCUGCCAAUCAGUGUCUCGCUUCCGAACGUUACUAUGACCAAUUGGAGCAGGUCUUCAAAUACUCAUUGCCAAGGGGAAAGGUUGCCGCUAUGUUUGCCGAGUCGAUUCAAGGAGUCGGCGGAACGGUACAGUACCCGAAGGGAUACAUAAAGCGAGCUGCCGAACUUGUGCGCGUAAACGGAGGAUUGUUCAUUUCCGAUGAGGUGCAGUCUGGAUUUGCACGAACCGGAGAGCACUAUUGGGGCUUCGAGGCACACGACAUUGUGCCGGAUAUCGUGACGAUGGCGAAGGGCAUUGGCAAUGGGUUCCCGAUCGGUGCCGUGGUAACUUCGAGAAAGGUAGCGGAGGUGCUGUCACAAGCACUGCACUUCAAUACAUUCGGCGGUAACCCGUUGGCUAGUGCCGUUGGAAUGGCUGUCCUAGAUGUAAUUGACGAAGAAGAACUGCAGAAAAACGCCCGUGUGGUUGGUACCUACAUGUUGAAAGAAUUGGAGAAACUGCGCGAUAAAUAUGAAGUUAUAGGAGAUGUUAGAGGAAAGGGUCUUAUGAUUGGUGUCGAGUUGGUCAAGGACAAGGAAACCCGGCAGCAUCUCAGCGCUCCGCACUUUGUUGAGAUCUGGGAAACGUGUAAGGAUAUGGGAGUGCUGUUCGGUCGGGGUGGUUUAAACGCAAACGUCCUUAGAAUUAAACCUCCGAUGUGUGUAACCAAAGAUGACGUCGACUUUGCCUUGAAUGCGCUCGGGUCGGCGCUUAAGCGUCAUUCCGAGAAAGCUCAAAAACUAAAUUGAGACUUACAACCGCAAAGAAGCGGACCACUCCAGGGCAUGCACCUAGCACUGAACAUGAACAUGACAUUUAACAAGCUGAGAUUUUAUUUUCUGAUCAAACAACAAAAAUGGAAUUAAAACUUCUGAAGAAGAAUGUUUCGAAAUUGAGCUUUAAAUGUGACAGUGAAAGAAAGUCAGACUCUAACCUCUUGUUUCCCACUGCUAGGACCAGUGUUAAUCUCGGCAGAAUCCAAAAUGGUGGUAUCGAAAUAAAAUUAAUGUUAUUAGAGGUGGAGUGUAGACUCAUAAUA